AUGCGUUUCUCUCUUCCCCUCCUGGCACUUGUCGCCUCUAGCGGCAUGGCGUCCCCGAACUCGAUCAUCAGCCGCGAUGUAACCACCACCGAGGCAGUCACUGAUGCCAUCACCUUUGCUGCAGCUGAGGACGACUGUGACCUGCUGAAGUGUGCGGCCGUCAUUGCCUCUGCUGCAUGCAUCGGUGCCAGCAUCGCGCUGGGUCCCGGUGGAAUUCCCAGCCUGCUGGGUUGCACCGCUGGCGGAGCCAGUGCGAUCUGCCCUUGUGCCAACUGCGUCGACGCCCUCGGCGACUUCUUGAAGAACAACAGUAUCUGCCCUUCUUAG